AUGACCAGAACUCUCCAUAUGAAUCUGAUUGUGGCAGUGGAUGGCUGUGGAGGAAUCGGACGAAAUGGUGGAAUGCCAUGGUUUCUACCUGCAGAAAUGGCUCGAUUUGCAAAGCUGACAACAUUAACAAUGGACAGCGGGAAGAAGAAUGCCGUGAUAAUGGGUCGAAAGGUUUGGGAAAGCAUACCGCCAAAAUUUAGGCCACUGAAGAAUCGUUUUAAUGUUGUACUCAGUAGGAAGAUAAAAGAAGAGUCAAAUGAGAAUGUAGUAGUGGCUCGAAGCUUCGAAAGUGCAAUUAGCCUACUGCAAGAUAUGGAAAAUAUUGAGACGAUAUGGAACAUUGGUGGUCGAGAAGUUUAUGAAUUAGGGCUUAAUUCACCAUUUUUACAUCAGAUGUAUAUCACCCGUGUAGAGGGCGAUUUCUUGGCUGAUGUCUUCUUUCCUGAAGUAGACUAUGGUCGUUUCAUAAAAAGUACAGAAUCGGAAGAAAUGCACGAGGAAAAGGGCAUUAAAUAUCGAUAUGAAAUAUAUACUGUUAAAAUAGAUAAAGUCGCUUGA